CCAUCUUGGAUGUGCGGAGUGAUUGUUUGGCGAAAAUAAUUAAUACAAUUUAGAAAAAUAGCGUGAGGACUUGGGAAAAUACGAUUUAAAAGAGUGGGGUCAACUAAUAAAAGAAAAGCUUAAUCGGACAAUCCAGUGAAAGAAGUAAGGCAUGAAGAAAGCAUCCUAGUCAACAGUCAUGGCUGAUAAAAGGAAACUUCAAGGUGAAAUAGAUCGAUGUUUGAAAAAAGUUACGGAAGGCGUGGAACAGUUUGAAGACAUUUGGCAAAAGCUUCACAAUGCAGCCAAUGCUAACCAGAAGGAGAAGUAUGAAGCCGACCUCAAGAAAGAGAUUAAAAAACUGCAGCGUCUUCGAGACCAGAUCAAGACGUGGGUGGCCUCCAACGAGAUCAAAGACAAAAGGCAGCUAGUGGAGAAUCGCAAACUCAUUGAGACGCAAAUGGAGCGUUUCAAGAUCGUGGAACGAGAGACCAAGACAAAGGCUUACUCGAAAGAGGGGCUGGGCCUGGCACAGAAGGUGGACCCGGCCCAAAGGGAGAAGGAGGAGGUCGGCAAUUGGCUAACGAAUACGAUAGACACUCUGAACAUGCAGGUGGAUCAGUUUGAGAGCGAAGUGGAGUCCCUCUCAGUCCAGACUCGAAAGAAGAAAGGAGACAAAGAGAAACAGGACCGCAUCGAAGAGCUGAAGCGCUUCAUCGAGAAGCACCGGUACCACAUCAGGAUGCUGGAGACCAUCCUGCGCAUGCUGGACAACGACACCUUGCCGGUGGACUCCAUCCGCAAGAUCAAGGAUGACGUGGAGUACUACAUGGACUCGUCGCAGGACCCCGACUUCGAGGAGAACGAGUUCCUCUACGACGACCUGGAUCUCGAGGAGCUCCCUACCUCUCCCUCUGUCUCCCCCCAUCCAUCUCUUGUCUCUCUAGCCGGGUCGCUGGUGGCCACGUCCCCGCCGGGCCAAUCGCUCCUGGACGACGAUCUCUUCCAUCAGAUCUCCAGCGGCACGCCUACCUCCACCACUUCCUCCUCGCCCAUCCCCACCACGUACACUACGGAGAAUUCUGACGAUGACAAGAAAAGGGGACGUUCGACAGACAGUGAAAUCAGUCAGUCGCCUGUCAAGAACGGCAACCCCUCUUCGUCGUUGUCUUCCUCGUCCUCGUCGUCCUCCUCUUCAUCAUCUGCCUCUGGCGCCUCCUCGGGAGCCUCUUCCUCGCUGGCCUCUAUGGUGAACAUCGCCGGAGGCGGCCAGGCCAUCGCUGGGGGCAACAACAACAGCCUUCUGGGCAACAUGGGGGGUCUCCUCUCCAACUCUGGCAGCUACAGCGACGCUACCCAGCAGCAACUGCAGCAGCAUCACCACCAAACGCAUCAGGCCAGAAACUCAGUCCUCUCCUCCAACGCCCCCUCCAGCCCGUCGAACAACAUCCUCCUCCCCAGCCCCUCCUCGCCCGCCAUCUCUAGCACAGCCCUCACACCCAACACCCAGCCGCAGGCUCCGUCAAGGCCCUCUCCGGGCUCCACCUUGGGGCUCGGGUUGGGCUUGGGCCUUGGUAAAGGCGGGAUGAGUGGGUCACCGGCCGUCAGCCAGAUGUCAGGCCUUGGCCUGUCAGGGAUGCCGGCGUCCUUAAACACCAUGGCCGGUCUCCUGGCGGGCUCCACUUCGGCCCCCUACGCCACGGCAGCAGCAGGCUCCGGGACCAUAGGAAGCCCCCUUGCAGGGAAAAUCAGCAGCCUGAGCACUAGCAGCACUAACUCCAGCUCAAUGGGACCGGUGAGCGGACACAGCGUCAGCGACAGAUCCACUGGCCUGUUGGGCUCUGUGCCCGGUGCAGUUGGUGUCAGUGGUGGGAUACUGGGCCUUGGCUCGGGACAGUCGACAGUCCAGGGCCCUCCACUGGUGUCCCCCAGUCCCAUAGGAGGAGGCCUGGCCACUGGAAGCAGCCUGGGAGCUAUAGGAAGCAUUGAAGGGAUCUCUGGAUCAGGAGCGCCAAGUAACAGCGUGGGCAUCGGAGGAGGAAGCGCGGCGAUCGGAAGGCCGCCCAGUGGACAGAAGCAGAAUGGUAGCACUAGUUACAGUGCUGUAGUAGCAGACAGCACACCAGAUUCUGCCCUCAACAGUGCCAGCCAAUUACAAAGCAGCCAACCCUUGUCUUUGACCUCCACCACCAAUCAGCUUAAAGACAGUGGCCCCAGCCUUUUAGGGUCCAUGACCCUUCCCACCAGCACUCCCUCGCCAUCCUACAUUGAGAGUAAACCUUUAGGCAGCAGUAUGCUCAACGGGCCGCUCUCCUACACUCAGGCCUCUGAAAGCAUGAAGCCCCAGGAGCCUCUGAGCACUGUGAAGUCCAUUGCCGAACAAGUGACACUGGGCUCAGCAAUGGAUGGAGAGUUGCCCCCUCUGCACCUCACCACAGACAUUUUCCCCAGCACUACAGGGCCUCCCUCGGCCCCCCAGCAGCCCUCGCUCUCAGAGGUCAGCAUCCCCCCAUCGCUGGGUGUGUGCCCGCUAGGGCCCGUACCCCUGUCCAAAGACCAGCUGUACCAGCAGGCCAUGCAGGAGUCGGCCUGGACGCACAUGCCUCACCCCUCCGACUCAGAGCGGAUCAGGCAGUACCUGAUGAGGAACCCGUGUCCCACCCUGCCUUUCCACCACCAGGUGCCACCCCCCCACUCCGACUCUGUAGAGUUCUACCAGAGACUGUCCACAGAGACACUGUUCUUCAUCUUCUACUACCUAGAGGGCACUAAGGCCCAGUAUCUGGCAGCCAAGGCCUUGAAGAAGCAGUCGUGGCGGUUCCACACCAAGUACAUGAUGUGGUUCCAGAGGCACGAAGAGCCCAAGACCAUCACAGAUGAGUUUGAGCAGGGGACGUAUAUUUACUUUGACUACGAGAAGUGGGGACAACGGAAGAAGGAAGGAUUCACGUUUGAGUACAGGUACCUUGAAGACCGAGACCUCCAGUGACAUAAGGCAGAGAAGGCGAAUAAAAGAAGGGUGGACUACUGUUGACAUUCCUGGAUUGAACUCAACACACUGGGAAGAGGGACGGAUGCAGACGCCAGACUGAGCCAGUCUGAGAACAACAUAAUGCAUUUGGAGCUCCUCCCUCUUUGCCCUGCGACGCCACACUCCUACAGUGAUAAACCCCUCCCUCUUUUCCCAUCAGGCUGUUUUGAUUUAGAUUGAAGCUUUUAAUCUCUUACCUGAACUGGAUCCCUUUUUUUUCUUUUGCAGAUAAGAAUCAUGAUUUCAUAUAAUGUUUGGUUGAUAACGCACUCUGUAUUCUUUUUCUUUUCUUUUUUUUUCUUUUAAAAAAAAAACUCACCUACCACUUAUUGACAACCAAAGAUGAUUGGUCAAAUCCAUCUUAAUUCCCAGCAGUAUGGCAGUCCAAUUGAAGAAAAAAAAAAAAUACAAAAAAAGUGACAAGGCACAGAGAAAAGCCAAUCAAAUGAGCUCUUGGGGGAUGUUGGGUCCGGGGUGGUCCCAAAGCGUUUCGCAGCAGUCAGGUCAUCGCUGGGUUGUACACAAGCUAAAGACUAGAUGGGGGGAAACGGUAGCAUGUCCAUGCUACAGUAAGGGCUUUUUGGGGUGACGCCAUGUUUUUAGCCCUAAUGAAUACUCUCUUCAGGGUCACCAGCCCCACCCUAAUACUAAACUAAUAGCUGCCUCUUUGGUACACCCAGCAUUGACCGCACUGCCAUUAAGACUGCUGUAGUACAACAUGGUAACCAAUUAAUUCUUGUCCCACGUUACAACAUUACGUUUAUAUUGCUGUGGUCAACGGCAACAGAAACCACACCAGCACUGAAGCGUCUCGUCUGUAGAGAAAGUUUACAGGUGUUUUUCACCCCAGAGGCGGGCUUUUACAAUAAAACUCAAGACUGCCCUAGUAAUAACAAUUCAUUAUUUUUGUUCCUGUCACUUUGAUGAUAAUGUACAAAUCAAUUGUGAUUGCACUUCCAAAUUCACUUCAAUCACCAGGUAGAUAUUUCCUUUCUUCUCAGGAAGUUUUUGAUGGAUCAUUAUGUGAGGAAAUAUACCACGUCAGAAGCUCCAUCAUUGUAGCACAAAAAAAAA